UCCCGAAGCCCAAUUAUCCACCAGCAUCCGGCCGCCUUCACGCUUGCACGGAACAGCCAGCUCGAUCGAAAGUUAGAAAAAAGGCAGGAAGAGAAUCGGACAAAAUGGUCAAAGCAGUCGCUGUCGUUCGGGGUGACUCCAAGGUCACCGGCACCAUCACCUUCGAGCAGGCCACUGAGUCUGACCCUACCACCAUCACCUGGGACAUUACGGGCUACGACCCCAAUGCUAAGCGUGGCGUGCACAUUCACACCUUUGGUGACAACACCAACGGUUGCACGUCCGCUGGCCCUCACUUCAACCCCCACGGCCUGACCCACGGCAACCGAACCGACACCACUCGCCACGUUGGUGACCUCGGAAACGUCGAGACGGAUGCUCAGGGAAACGCCAAAGGCUCUCUCCAAGACUCCUUGGUGAAGCUCAUCGGCCCCGAGAGCGUCAUUGGCCGGACUGUCGUCUGCCAUUCUGGCACAGACGACCUCGGCAAGGGUGGGAACGAGGAGUCGCUCAAGACAGGCAACGCCGGCACCCGACCUGCUUGCGGUGUCAUCGGCAUCUCCAGCUAAAUGGGCCGUGCAAAUCCUUGUUGAAUUGGGGAGCGACCUAAGACUAUAUAGGUAGUCAACUAUAGAGCUCUUGGGCACGAACGAAGAAAUGAAAUGACAUGAAUAUCAUUGACCUGCCCUGACCGGACUAUUAGUAUUGCAUUGGGGGGCCCAUUGAAGCGUAUUGAAUAGCUAGCGUAAGACAUCCUUAUACCAGGUAUGCUUAAGGCAUAUGGGAUGUAAGCACUCACCCAAUACGAAUCGCGACACUGUUGUCCAAAACUAUCUUGAGGUAUACUUUACUCCAGCCUAG